AUGGCUUCUGUUGCUCGCCAUUCUAUUCCUCGGUUUGAAGAUAACCCACCAUUGCCGUCUGAUCCCAUGUCAUCAAACAAUGUUGACAAAGUUGUUCAAUCAGUAACAAAUGCCACUAAACGGUUAUCACAAAUAUCCACCAGCACCAAUACAUCCUCCAAAAAGAGGAAAUCUCAAAACAAGAUUGGCCCGUGGAAAUUGGGCCGUACUUUGGGUAGAGGCUCAACGGGGAGAGUCAGAUUGGCCAAAAAUAUCGAAACUGGUCAAUUGGCAGCGAUUAAAAUUGUCCCCAAAUCAAAUUUCAAAAAAUUGGAAAAUCCUAAAUAUAAACACAACCGUGAGAACAACAACAACAACAACAACAACAACAACAACAACAACAACGAUGAUGAUGAUGAUAAUGGUGAUACUGUGCAAAGAUUGCCCUAUGGAAUAGAAAGAGAAAUCAUCAUCAUGAAAUUAAUGUCUCACCCAAAUAUUAUGGCAUUGUAUGAUGUUUGGGAAAACAAAAAUGACUUGUACUUGAUUCUUGAAUAUAUAGAAGGUGGUGAACUUUUUGAUUAUUUGAUCAAAAAGGGUAAACUUCAAGAAUUCGAGGCAGUUAAUUACUUCAAACAAAUCAUCAAUGGUAUCAACUACUUGCAUCAAUUUAACAUUUGUCAUCGAGACUUGAAGCCGGAAAACUUGCUACUUGAUUUCAACAAGAAUAUCAAGAUUGCUGAUUUUGGAAUGGCAGCAUUGGAAGUUAAUGAACGGCUUUUGGAAACUUCUUGUGGAUCGCCUCAUUAUGCGUCGCCAGAGAUUGUUGCUGGUAAAAAUUAUCAUGGAGCUCCAUCAGACAUUUGGUCUUGCGGGAUUGUAUUGUUUGCAUUGUUGACUGGUCAUUUACCCUUUGAUGAUGAAAAUAUUCGGAAAUUGCUUCUUAAAGUGCAAAGUGGUAAAUUUGUCAUGCCUCAUGAAUUAGGUUGGGAAGCUAAAGAUUUAAUCACCAAGAUGUUGCGAGUUAAUCCAUUGGAUCGUAUUGAAAUUGAUGCCAUUUUGAAACAUCCAUUAUUGACAAAAUAUCCUGAACCAGCUACUUCUUACUCAUCUACUACAACAUUGGAUAUAAGAUCGAUGAAUAUUAAGCCAAUACAGUCAGUUAAUCAAAUUGAUAAGGAAAUCUUGACCAAUUUAUCAGUGUUAUUCCACAACUGUGAUAAGCGAACCAUCAUUUCGAGAUUGACGUCACCAGGAAAGAAUCCAGAAAAGAUGUUUUAUUACUUGUUGAUGAAGUAUCGUAAUGAUCAUAUUGCCAAAAUUGGCGCUAGUGAACCAUCGACUCAACCUAAAGCCGCAAAGUCAAUACCUAGAUCAACUUCGAUUGUACAUACAAUUAUAUUUGAUGAUGCUACCGGGGAACCUAUAACAGAAACCACCAAUGUUGAACAAGUGGCAAAAUCAAGUUCAAUUUAUGAAAAUAAAUCAUUGUUGAAAUCCAAAUCAUCAAAACAAGUUUUGGGAAAUGUCACAAAUACCAGGGGUAAUAGUACUGGGGCCAAGCAGUUUAAGGCAUCCACUUCAUUUAAUAGAAAAGUGUCGGCUACUCACAAACCAAAUCAAUUUAGUAAAAGUCGCAAUCCAUCAUCACGUUCACUCAGAUCCAAUGCUUCUAGAGGAACCAAUACUCCAACACCACCAACACUGAAUAGUCCUAGUAAAGAUAUUUCAAGGAGGCCACAACAACUACCUCCUACCCUUGAUGAGACAGAAAUUCCACAACGUUCACCCAAGAGGUCAGCAAGAGACAACAAACAUGGCAAAUUCAACAAGCAAGAUAACCAAUCGAUUUUAAAAUUUGAAACCAUUUUUGAUGAGGUGUUUAGUGACACGCAAGACAAGGAGAAUGAAGUUCCAUCUAGAACAUCUUCUCAGAGGAAAAAGGAAGGUGCCUUGGCCAGAAGAGAACGAGAACUUGCUGAAAAAGUUCAUCAAAGAAACGAGGCAAGAGAAUAUAGACUUAGAAAAGAGGAGCAAGCUAGACGAGAACUUGAAGAGGAAGCAAAACGCCUUGCCGAGCAACAAAGAAAACAUGAGCAAGAGAGAAGAGCCUUGGUUGAAAGGCAAAAAUUAGAAGAGAAACAAAGUUUGGAAGAGAAGCAAAAACAAGCUCUUGCUAGGUUAAAGAAACAUGAGAGUGGUAGUGAUUUUGCUGGUCUUAUGAAGUCCGAUCGCAACUCAGGUGUUUUUCCAACAGCAGCACUUCCCCCUCCUCCCAUCAAGUCGCUGUUGGAUCCAAGAAACUCAAUUGGGAGAGCAAGAACAUUGGGACCCGUUCCAUCAAGAACUACAUUCCGCACCGCUACUAGUCCACAUGUCAAUGAAAACACAUCGAAAGUGUUGCACAAGUUUGGGAUUGAUGUUGCCCCUUCGCCAAAGAAGUUCACUAGUGAUUUCAAAACAUCAAGUUCGAGAAAUUUAUCAGCAUUAUUGAGUCCCUCGCCAUCACAGAGUAUCAACAAGAGCAUCAAGACUUCAAGCUCAAGAAAUUUGGCCCAGUAUUUGCAAGGUGAGGAUGAAGUUGCCAAGGGUAAGUCUUUGACUGUUGAUACUUACAAUGAACUUGAACAUGAAAAAGCAACGCAGCCACAAGUGAAGAAUGCUUCUACUAAAAGACAAAGCAUUCAGAGCACAUAUUACAAGUCGAUGCUCAAUGAUAUCGAUGAAGAUAAAACUCAAGGUAAUAUAAAGAAUACACCAGCUCCAUCAAUUAAAGAUGAUGAUCUCAACAGUUCAAGAAUAUCGUUGAUACCAAAUCCUCGAUUUUCACGUUUCUCCUUUGGCGGAUUAUUAGAACCAAAGACGAUGACGAAUGAAGAAGGAGAUAUCACUAUUAUAAGCCACACUUUAAAUAAUUCAUCGACAGUGGUUAGAAGAUCAAACAAAUCGGCAUCAACGUUUGCAGGAUUGGGAAUCAAGGUGAGAGAUACAAUCAAAGAAGAUGACGAAGAGGAACAACAACACCACCACCACCACCACCACCACCAUCAUCAUCAUCAUCAAGACAAUUUUAUUUCGGUAAACACCAGUGCUAUUGACGAAGGAGAAAGAUCAGGUAGAGAAGAAGGUGAGUUUAGUUUUGAUGAUAGCCAUUCCGAUGCAACCACAGUUGAAUCCAAUUACUCGUAUGUUGCCCCACCACAAGCAGAUACUACUGGUGGCUUGCUAGAUGCAGAUCUUUCCAAUUUCGAUGUCAUAAGUUCGAGAACUGCUGAUGUUGUGAAAGUGACUAAUCAGAAACCAAGCAUUGUUGAUUCUAAAGAGACGUUGAUUGCACAUAGACGUGAAUCGAAUGACGAAACAAUACGAGUAGAAGAUGAUCAUGAUAAUGAUGAUGACAAUGGUGAUGAGGAUGACCUACGAAGCUCUUUCAGAGCUCGUGUGCGUGACGAGUUUGAUGAGAAUGAUGAUUACUCGCUUGCUGAAGAUACAAGUCAUAAUCAACAAGAAGGAGACGGUGAAGAUCAAGGUGAGCCUGGAUUCCAGAGUGAUUUCAAAAAAUCAAGACUCUCGACUGGUAUUUUCAGCACGGCACAAUUGCCAAGGAGUCCUCAUGUCCAACUUGUUGAUAACACUGGUGGUGAAGAAAAAGACGAAGAAAUUGGUGGUGUUGGUGGUGUUGGUGGUGCUCCAAUAAGGAAAAAGUCGAUUUUGAAGGAUCAUGUCAUUACUAGUCCGGUACAAGAUACAUUUAGCAGUGAUAACAAGCAACCUUUGUUCAGACGAUUCUCAACCAAAGCCAAAAGGGAUGCUCCUAUUGUACCAGUGCUUGAAUCGACACAGGGGCAAGAACAAAGUCAACCAAAGGGUCACAAUCGAUUUUCGAGAAUUUCUGUUGGUUCAAGGAAUCUAUUUGACAUGCAUAACAAGCCACCACAACAACGACCACAACAACAACAACAACAACAACAACAACAACAACAACAACAACAACAGCAGCAGCAGCAGCAGCAGCAGCAGCAGCAACAGCCACAAAAUCAGUCAACAGGGAAGAGCAAUUGGUUUAAGAAAUUUUUCCAAUCGUUGACUAGCUCAUCAAGGCAUGGAAAGACUUCAUCAAACACAGAAGCAAAUAUCAAUCGCUUGACAAACAGAGACAUCAAAAUCGUUGAAUCAUCUUUGAAAUCGACUGAUUUGAUACGACUUAUUAAAGAUCAAAUGGAGUUGAAAGAACUUGAUGGAUCGGUCAACAAUGUGGGCAUAGAUGAAGAAUUUGGUUUGAUUACAGGAACAAUUCCCAAGAAAUUUGCACAUGGUAAAAAACUCAAAUUUAGAAUUGAAGUGAUUGAUUUGAUCACCACUUCAUCUUUGCACUUGAUGAGAAUGAGUGGUAAUGAAAAGGGGUUUGACAAUUUGGUUAAAAUUGUAACCUACAUUAUCAAAAAGGAAGAACAACAGCGAGCUUCAAGAAAUUGA